ACAGUUUUUCGCAUUUCGCAUGUUUCUUUCACAAGGAAUCAAAUUUUUCAUCUCAAAAAAACUGCUUUAAAAUCCGAACUUCUAGUAUCUAUAUUGAUGUGAACAAAUAACAGAUAUCUGAUCCAGACGAAAGACAGGAAUUUCUUGGCCAUCAAAAAUGAGGACACAGUUUUUUUUGAUCACAAUUCUUAUGCAAUUGGAACUGAUUGUAAUUCUACCAACGGAUGCCUUUUUCUCCAGUUGGUUCGCCAGGACUCCUCGGACUCUGGUGCGACGUGAGGUGCCUUCUUUGCAGGAUGUGAUGGACGAAGCGGUGCUGCGGAGGGCGGAGAUAGACGAAGAGCGAGAGAGAGUGAGGAGGGAGAGGAGGAAUGCGAUGGGGUCAUAUGCAGGGUACGGUGACGAGGAGAACGAGAUGGACGCACCCCAUCUGACCAGGGAGGAGUUGGAGGAGAGCAAAAGGAAGAGUCUGGUGAUGACUCAGCUGCUGGACAGCAUUUUCAACAACUACGACAUGUACAUCAGGCCCGGAUUCCAAGAGUCUGAGCCUCUUUUGGUGGAGUCUAACAUGGUGCUGACAAGCAUGGGACCCUUUUCCGACUUCGAAGCCACGAGCACUUUUUUGGUGUUCGGCGGAGACACCGCGACGCAAGCCCAGUCGGGCGGCGGGGAGGGGGAGGACGGGGGCAGACGCAUAGCCGUGGACCCCGAGGCAGGCGUCCAAGUGAGUGGGGGAGGAGGGGGCAGAAAGGGAGACUCCUCCAGCUACCCUGUCAUUCCCGAGUUCACGUUCCAGUGUUUCUUCCGGCACUUCUGGCGUGACAAGCGACUGGCUUUCGAGGACAGACUGACUCAACUGGUGGGGGACCAGGGGGACAGUGGUGGGGGGCUAGGGGAUGGUGGAGUGGGGAGCAAUGAGACCAUAGAGACGCUGAUGCUGAACAGUAUCAUGCUGAGUCGGGUGUGGAAACCGGAUACGUUCUUCAGGGGCAAUGGGCAGAACAGUUACAUACACGACAUCACCAGACCCAACCAGUUGUUCAGACUCAACCGCAAGGGAGAGAUCAACUUCAGCACCAGGCUGACCAUCAGUGCCAGGUGUCCCAUGGACUUUUCCAACUUCCCUAUGGACGAACAAGAGUGCAUCGUUGAAUUUGGAAGCUUUGGUUAUGACAACAGCCAGAUAGUGUACAGAUGGCGGGAGCAGAGUGACAAGGCCAUCACUAUCGAGGCAGAUGACUUGAGACUGUCUCAGUUCCAGUUCAGAUACCACGAGUACAGCUCACGCAACAUCUCUUAUGCAUCCGGAAAUUACUCAACGCUGACCAUCAAGUUCAACUUCCGACGCAAUGUGGGCUACUUCAUAAUGCAGACAUACCUACCCUGUAUGAUGAUUGUGGUGUUGUCCUGGGUCGCAUUCUGGAUCAACAGAGAAGCAGCACCAGCCAGAAUCUCACUCGGUAUCACAACUGUGCUGACGAUGACGACCUUUGCAAUCAGCAGUCGACAGCAGAUUCCCAAAGUGUCCUACCCCUCUGCGAUGGACUGGUUCGUCCUCAUGUGCUACUUCUUCGUCUUCUUCGCUCUGGUGGAGUACGCUGCUGUCAACUACUUCACGAAGAGAAGUGAGGCCGGAAAAGCACCGCCCGCACAAAAGGUUGGAUCUCCGCCGGCUGCAAAGAAGCCCCGACUGAGUAGCAAUCAGUGCGACAGGUGGAACUGCACUAUGUACACGCCCCACUCACAGCACGACUUCCCGGUGGAGGCCGAGCACUGUCGGGACGCAGACUACGACCAGGAGCAUGAGUCGGGACCAGGCCAGGGGGGCACAGGGUAUGGGGGACAGAACGGAAUAGAAGGGGAGGGGAGAGGCGGGAAUCAGAUGCAAGGAAUGGGAUGGAACAGUGGUACUGCAGAAAUGAGUAGGGACGAGGACGAGCCUCCGUUCGAGGACAUGAACUCAUUCUUCAUCCGAUUCGUGGUGUGUCUAUGUGGCUCAGUGCAGUACAAGACAUACAAGCUGGACCACAUAACCACACAAUUCAACAGUGUCAGCCACAUUGACGAACUCUGCAGAGUCGCAUUCCCAGCCAUGUUCAUGCUGUUCAACGUGUUCUACUGGUCCAUAUACUUCCCAAAAGACUAAUACGUCACAAACUACUUAAAAACAGAUUGAGACACUUAAAAACAAAAACACCCACUUUAAAUAAAACAAAACUUUAUGAAUGUUACAAAAGGAGUUGUUCUCCUGUUGCUAACCUCCGAUUAUAAGCAAUCUUGAAAAUUAAAUAAUUUUGUUAGCAGGAUUGUUUCUAAAAGGAUUGUUUCUAAAUAGCUAGUUGAAGCUUAAUUUUCUUACCAUUUUACAAUUAAAUGAUUUUACAUUUAGUUCCGUUUUGAGAUAAGUAAUCAGUGCAUCAACCCCAAGUACCCGAUACGACUUGCUUCAAACAUG